GUAACCUGAUGCGUUGACUCUGAGGGAGGGGGACGUACGUUACGCUGUUUACGUAAAUGCGCUGUGAGGAAUCGAGGAGUUGCCGUGAGUCGGAAUGUCGGUGUGAGAGACUCGGUUACUGAGGCGACUCGGGUACGUCAACAUAAUAAUGGUAGCACAACAGAAGAACCUGGAAGGAUAUGUGGGCUUCGCAAACCUCCCCAACCAAGUUUACAGAAAGUCGGUGAAGAGAGGCUUCGAGUUCACGCUAAUGGUCGUGGGAGAGUCGGGACUGGGGAAGUCGACCCUCAUCAACUCGCUCUUCCUCACAGAUCUGUACUCUUCAGAGUAUCCCGGACCUUCUCACAGAAUCAAGAAGACUGUUCAGGUGGAACAGUCCAAGGUGCUGGUGAAAGAGGGGGGGGUGCAGCUGCUGCUCACUAUCGUGGACACGCCGGGAUUCGGAGAUGCCGUAGACAACAGCAACUGCUGGCAGCCGGUGAUCGAUCACAUCGACAGUAAGUUUGAGGAUUACCUCAACGCAGAGUCGCGCGUCAACAGGCGGCAGAUGCCUGACAAUAGAGUGCAAUGCUGCUUGUACUUCAUCGCCCCCUCUGGUCACGGGCUGAAGCCCCUGGACAUCGAGUUCAUGAAGCGGUUACACGAAAAAGUCAACAUCAUCCCGCUCAUCGCCAAAGCAGACACACUGACUCCGGAGGAGUGCCAGCAGUUCAAGAAGCAGAUAAUGCGAGAAAUCCAGGAGCACAAAAUCAAGAUCUACGAGUUCCCUGAAACGGAUGAUGAAGAGGAGAACAAACUAGUGAAGAAGAUUAAGGACCGACUGCCGCUCGCCGUCGUCGGCAGCAACACCAUCAUCGAGGUAAACGGGAAGCGUGUGAGAGGGAGGCAGUACCCCUGGGGUGUGGCUGAGGUUGAGAACGGAGAGCACUGUGACUUCACGAUCUUACGAAACAUGCUCAUCAGAACCCACAUGCAGGACCUGAAGGACGUGACUAAUAACGUUCACUACGAGAAUUACCGCAGCAGGAAGCUCGCCGCCGUCACCUACAAUGGAGCGGACAACAACAAGAGCAAAGGCCAACUCACCAAAUUUGAGACAGUUGAUGGCAUGAGUCCCCUGGCUCAGAUGGAGGAGGAGAGGAGAGAGCAUGUGGCUAAGAUGAAGAAGAUGGAGAUGGAGAUGGAGCAGGUGUUUGAGAUGAAGGUGAAGGAGAAGCUCCAGAAGCUGAAGGACUCUGAGACGGAGCUGCAGCGGCGUAAUGAGCAGAUGAGGAAGAACCUGGAGGCUCAGCAUAAAGAGCUGGAGGAGAAGAGGAGGCAGUUUGAGGAGGAGAAAGCAGGCUGGGAGGUUCAACAACGCCUGGUGGAGCAGCAGAAACUCGACGCCUCUAGGACUUUGGAGAAAAACAAGAAGAAAAAGAUCUUUUAAAGUGGAUCAGCCAUCAUGAUGUACCAGUUGCCAACGAUGCCAGCCUGACUGUCUGUCGGUCAUACA